UUUGCCCAAGAUGAGCUACAUCGCCCGCCGCGGUCUCUCGACCUUGAUCCCUCCCAAGCCAGUUACCCUCGAUAAUCCUCCGGGACGCACCCCCGCAGAAUUGUUUCCCGUCCUUUCCCACACUCCGAAAUUCAAUAUUAUACACCCGCUCAUUGCAAUAACUGACAUUGGAGAAAAGGCGAUUGGUGCCGCUCAGGAUGCUGCCCGUAUGGAGCGUGUCGUGAACUUCUACGCCCGCCUCCCCCGUGGCGCUGCUCCUGAGGUCAAGCCUACCGGCCUCAUUGGACGCUACCAGGCCCGCUACUUCAGCGGCAAGAACGCCUCUGCUGCGCCCCUUGCCCACGCCAUCGGUGGUAUCCUGAUCAUCGGAUACAGCAUGGAGUACUACUUCCACCUCCGUCACCACAAGAACCACCCUCACUAAACUUUUCAAUUUUGACGUUUGCCAGGUGUGGUGGAUUUGAUGUAUAUAACACCAAGCCUUGAAUCAAGCCAUGUAGAGGAGGAAUCACCUCAUGUCUCAUUAUUCCUAUGUCACGAGGGUUGAUUACAGAAAGAAUUACCCGUAGCUUGUCGGUCAUCUUACCCUUCCAUAUGUUGCCGAAAUGUGUGUUCGCGGUGGUCAUAGGAGAAUUACACACAACCACCGCCAGAGAAAAAGCGAAAAAAAAUUAUACAGACAGAAGCUCCUCACCCUGUAGAGUAA